AUGACAGAUGAGCACGUUAAAGACACAAUGGAGGAGUUUCUUCUCUCCCAUGGUUACCAGAUGGGUAAAACCAUUGGAGAAGGGACAUAUUCAAAGGUCAAGGAAGCUUUUUCAAAAAAACACCAACGAAAAGUGGCCGUGAAAAUUAUAGACAAAAUGGGAGGACCAGAAGAGUUUAUCGAGAGAUUCCUGCCCAGAGAGCUCCAGAUCGUCAAGCGCUUGGACCACAAGAACAUCAUCCGAGUGUAUGAGAUGCUGGAGUCAACGGACGGGAAGAUCUACCUGGUGAUGGAACUAGCAGAGGAUGGAGACGUGUUUGACUGUGUCCUGCAAGGGGGGCCCUUGCCCGAGAGCCGAGCCAAAUCGCUCUUCCGCCAGCUGGUGGAGGCAAUCCGCUACUGCCACAGCUGUGGCGUGGCACACCGUGACCUCAAGUGCGAGAAUGCGCUCCUGCAGGGUUUCAACCUGAAACUGACCGAUUUUGGAUUUGCCAAGCUGCUCCCCAAAAACCGGAAGGAGCUGAGCCAGACAUUCUGUGGCAGCACAGCCUACGCAGCCCCCGAGGUGCUGCAGGGUGUGCCCCACGACAGCCGGAAAGGUGACAUUUGGAGCAUGGGCGUGGUUCUCUACGUCAUGCUCUGUGCAAACCUGCCCUUCGACGACACUGAUAUCCCCAAGAUGCUGUGCCACCAGCAGAAGGGGGUCUCCAUUCCUGGCCACUUGGGGAUUUCUGAGGAAUGCCAGGACCUCCUCAAAAGCCUGUUGGAACCGGACAUGAUCCUGAGACCUUCCAUCGAAGAAGUGAGUUGGCACCCGUGGUUAGCAAGCUCCUGA